GGCAGUGGACCAGGAGAUCGAAAUGAAACGGACGCUAGAAACGCCUUCUAGAUGAGGUGAAUAGAGUAACUGAGAACGUUUCGCCAUCCACGUGAUGCACAUCCAGCAGGCAAAGCUGUAGAUGGAUGAGCCGCUAUGCAGGGUGUUCAGUCCUUGAUCAGCAGGACGGAUCUAGGCAUAUGCCUGGAUCGGUCUCUUUGCUACCGAGGCUAGUAACUGGAUUUUGUAUCGCGCAGCCCGAGUGCCUAAAGAAAACUGACUCUACAAGGAAGAGCGACAAAUCAUCGGCAAUUGCACGAACUUCAUACUGCAUCGUAUUUGUUAUCAUAAUCUGUAGAGCUUAUGGAAUUUUGAUCAUUAUGUUAGCGAUCGGCUGGGUGAAUUUCAUGGGUUCUAUGCUCGUCAGUAAGGGUCUAAACACCGGUAGUAGCCAUAAGAAUAAUGCUCUUGCUAGCCGUGCAUGGGUACUCGAGCUGAAGAUAGCUAGUAUGGAGAUGAAAUGUGUGGAAUAUCAUAGUAUAUACGUGGAAAAACAAAAUCUCUCAUGCUUGAGGAUGGCAUUGACCUUCAAGGUAUGAGGAGAACGGAGGGUAGAGAUGGCGAAGAAACAAGCAAUGCGUACAACUUGAUAUACACUGGCUAGAAGGCUAAGCAACGUUUCGAAGGCUGUGGCGCACGUGAGCAU